GAAGGAUUACGAAGUCGAGGUUAAGCGAGAGCUAGGUAGAGAGAGGGCGCAGUGGUGAGAUGAAACCGUUGAAUUGUCAAACAGGUCGGUCAGGUCAAAUGAGUCAUACCCAGAAUCAUAGGAACUCUCUCUGAUAUAUUGAAAAAGAGAAAAGGGGUUGGGGGGGGAGAGGGUGAAUGUCCCCCCUGGUCGUCGAGGUGAUGGCAAAUUGCGUGUCGGACCGGGUCGAUCCCUAGCUUUAUACUUGAGUUCGCUACCGAGAGAUGAAGGAGGGGAGGGGAGGUGCAGGACACAGAGGUGAGUCAGACCGAGAUGUGCAAAGAGACAAAAGCCCUGACCACCUUGAUGGAGGGGCGAUAUGCCAGAGGGUCGCGUGAGAUGGAAUGGUGGCAAAAGGCAAAGGAAGCCUACACUAGCGUAAAUCAGAAGAACGAGGCGAAGAUCUAUAGUCGAGGACGGCGACUAUGAUCACCAAAUACCAAGAUGAUACGAGAUCAAAAAGAUGAAUAUCCGAGUUUCGUUGACGAGAAAGAAUUUCUCACUCAGCCUGACAAUACCUUGACGCUUCGCAUGUUCGCUCACCGUACCCAUUGCCGUCUGCUGCUACUCUGUACUAACCCUCGUCGUCGUUCCUGGCGUCCUGAUUUUGACCGACAUGACAACUGUCAUUCCCCCUCGCAGUCAAACUCUCCGGCAUAUGCUCAAAUGUUCCGUCUACUCUUUCUCUCUCUCCCUCUUCCUCCUCUGAGUCAUCAGUCGCCUUCACGC